AUGUCUGCGGAGUGCAAAGACAGCGAAUCGUCCGUGCAUCUUCAGUUUUCAGACGGCAGAUUCUUGCGGCAAGUUCUGCUGGAGGCACAGCGGAAUGGCAGUGAUCCAACCAGCGUUUCGAAGUUGGAGGGCAUGGGCUUCGGGCCUGAGAUCGCUAAAGUCGCCUUGCACGUUUCUGGAGGAGAUGAGAGCAAGGCACUUCAACUCUGUAUGUCUGGCUUGUCUUUUGUAGACCCAGAAGCAUCCUUGGAGGCAUGCGCGCCGCCUGCCCCAUUGCGGUGUUACAUCUGCGGUCAAAAGUAUUUGACGCAUAAGUCGCUGGACAUGCAUCUCCGAGCAUGCAAGCGCCGGUUUGAACUACAGGAGUCCAAGCGGCCGUCACAAGAGCGGUGUCAGCUUCUUGAAGAAUGGGAGCUUCCUGCCGGCGUCGACUGUCUUCAGCGGCACUGCGAGAACGUCCGAAGCCUGGGCCUUCCUCAAACCAUCGCAACAACUUUCGAGGAUUGGGUGGAGACGAGGCAGCCCACGGUCGAUCCUUCGAAGCUGCUGCCCUGCCAGUUCUGCAAGCGAACUUUUCUUCCCAAUCGACUGGAAACCCAUCAGAAAGUCUGUUUACAGCGUCCCAAACAGGAACCAAAGCGUCCUGUACGCAGGCAAACCAUGCCUGCCAGACCUCCUCCGGCAGCAACCAGCUCGUUCAAUGCCUUCUGCAACCAGCUGCAGCGGUGCACGGUCUGCCAGCGUCAAUUCAAACCCGAGGUGCUGGCUGCGCAUCAGAAGCGCUGCACAAGCCAAGUCCAGGCGGUGCCGGUGCCAAUUCCAAUUCGGCGCACGGCCACCUCCCCGCCUCGAAGAACAGCUGAGCGGAGGAGCCGCUCUCAGUCGCAAUCCCUUUCCUUCACACCCCCAAGCCGCCGAAGCACAGGGACCCCAGGGAACACAAGCAAAUCGAGCAACACGCCCUCGUUUCGGCUGAAAUGGCCGGAAGGCUCUCUUGGCUCUCCAGGAGCGUCGCUACCGCUAUCGCUGCUAGACUCGGGAUUGAUUUCCCGCGUGGCAGAUGAAGCGAAUGAAGCGAGGAUCUGCGAAAAGCUUGGAGAUUUGAAGCCUCGAUUAGUAGGGGUCUAUGCUGCUACACUAGUCCAGCAAAACGUGUACGAUGCCUUGAAGGCCACUAUGAUGCGGGAUGGACUUCCAGAGGAGCGAGAGCUUUGGCACGGUACUUCCUGGAGCUUCGUGCCCAAGAUCUUCAAACAGGGCUUCAACAGGAGCUUUGCAGGGAGGCAUGGAACACUCCUUGGCCAUGCAACCUACUUCUCAUCCGACCCACGGUAUUCCUUAAGGUUUUGUGAUAAGGGGGGUGGAGAGCAUGGGACCAAGGCGCUGAUUUUAUCUAGAGUUCUCGUUGGGCACUACUGCAAAGGCUCCCCAGGAGAUGUCGAGCCACCAGUGCGCAACGAUGAUGGAGAUAGAUACGACACGACAGUUGAUUCGGGCGAGUCCCCAUCGAUAUUUGCAGUUUUCCGGGAUUUUCAAGCGGUUCCAUUGUUCUUGGUUGAAAUCUCGUGUGAACAGUCAUGUUCUUAG